AUGCAUUCCUAUCGCAAAGCAGCGACUUCUGCAGUUCCAGGCUUACAAACAGGACACGGCCUGAGAGGAAGAUCUCCGUGUCCUGAUGCUGGUCACGCUGUCGUGGUUGUCCUAAUAUUCUGUAUGCUCAGCCAGAAGCUGCACUUCCGAGCGAACCUAUGGACAGAACGUUGUUUGGAGAUAUGCGAAGUUGCGUACUCUUUGGUUAGUUGGGGGUCAGCAGCAGCGACGAACAAUCACAAAGAUGAACCGGAAUACCACCAUCUGCAUUCACGCCAUCGUCUUGCGAUCAAUGUGGACGGCAAGGGAAGAAGUGAAUAUGACGGUAUGUGCGCUGACAGAGAGAGACGCUCAUGUGGACUGAAACGCGAGAGCGGCCGGAAGGCGGUGUAUGGGUGUGUGGGAAUCCGCGUGACACGAAGAGCGUGGGGAAAGGAUGUGGAUGCGUGCUUGUAG